AUGAUUCUGGCAUUCCUCUCCCGCAGGAUGCAAGUACUUUUCUCUGUGGGGUCGAUUCUGAUACCCACACCUUCAAUCUGUUUCCAGGGAAAUACCGAGAGAAGUGACAUUAUCCGCGUCCUUCAGCCUUUGGCUGCCAAGAGAUCAUUGUUUACUGUUGCUACAAACAGAAUCAUGCAUACUUGCAUUGCUACUAUCAUCGUCCUUGAAUACUCUGCCUUUUUGCCGGUCAAGAACUGGAACAAGCUAAAGAGCAUUGAGUCUGCCGUGGAAUAUUACCUGGAAUCUCCGACAGUCAUCGCUGUGGAGAAAGGAGCGAAAGAUAUUUCUCGUCAAGGCUAUGGGGGAGAGGAACUAGAGAAGAAGAUUUUUGAGUUCAUACUCGAAAAUCGCAUGUCAAAGGACUUGGCAGCAAAUAAGUAG